UGCAACGUGUCCUUCGUCUGGUCGUCCUGCGACGUGUCUGAGGACAGCAUUUGCGCAUCGGAGAAUCUCUGGGAUCAGUCGUCCACGUGCCUGCGACCACGUAGCGCGGCAGAGGUGACGUGUAACGCAUAAAAGUACUGCUGCACGCGCCCGGUGCCCGCAUACUCCUCCCUCAUCAUGACCCGGCUCUGGCUGGUGCUCUGUCUAUGGCUCUCGCUAUGGUCGGAAAGCGUCCUUGGGUCUAUUCUGGCAAUCGACUAUGGCGCGGACUUCAUCAAAGCUUCGCUCAUGAAGCCCGGCCAGCCAUUCGACGUCCUCCUUAACCGGGACUCGAAGCGGAAGAUUCAGUCGACGGUCGGGUGGAAGCAGAAGGAUAGGUUGUUCGGACAGGACGCAGCGAACAUUGCUGGCCGAUUCCCGCUCGACUCGUUCUCGCACCUCAAGACCCUCCAGGGUGCUCCAUACGAAUCCGACGCGGUCUCUUUCUACACCGCCAUUUCCUCCGCAGACACUGUCAAGACCGAACGCGGCACAGUCGCGUUGCGUCGCUCGGACGGGACAGAAUGGAGCGUCGAGGAACUCAUCGCCAUGCAGUUCGCGUAUAUUCGCGAUUUGGCCGAGAGCACUGCGGGCGAGAAGAUUUACGACGUCAUCGUCACCGUGCCGCCAUACUACACGCAGUAUGAGCGCGACGCGGUGGUGGACGCGAUCGAAAUCUCCGGCCUCCGUACCCUCGCGCUCAUCAACGACGGCACAGCGGUGGCGGUCAACUAUGCUAUGACCCGUACGUUCUCCGAGCCCGAAUACCAUGUUAUCUACGACGCGGGGGCAUCCUCCAUCCGUGCGACUGUAGUCGAGUUCGCGCCAGUCGCCUCGGAUGGGAAGUCCAAGGCCGGGAAGGACGCUACCCAGAUCACUGUCCACGGCGUCGGCUUCGACCGCUACACUGGCGGAACCGAACUGGACGCUCGUCUGCGGAACAUGAUGCUUGCUGACUUCGAAAAGCGGUACAAGCGGAGCAUCAGCCAGGACAAGCGGGCGAUGGCGAAGCUGUGGAAGGAGGCUGGUCGCGUGAAGGCUGUCCUGAGCGCAAACUCUGAGGCACAGGCGACGAUCGAGAGCCUCGCGUAUGACCUUGACUACAAGGCGAAGUUCACGCGCGCGGAGUUCGAGACCGAGGCGAGAGACCUCAAACAUCGUUUCGCAGUACCCAUCCAGGAGGCGCUCGCGCGGUCUGGCCGAAAGCUGGACGAUAUCACUUCUGUCAUCAUGACCGGGGGAGCUACGCGCACACCGAUGAUCCAGGACGCGGUGAAGGCCGCCGUCGGCGCGAACAAGCUCGCGUACAACGUCAAUGCCGACGAGGCCGCGGUCCUGGGUGCCGCUCUGCACGGCGCUAGCCUGAGUCGCCAGUUCAGGACGAAGGACAUCCGAAUCACGGACAUUGGCCCUUAUGACAUCCACAUCUCCUACCAGGCGGAGUCGAAGCAGCCCGGGGCGCGCCCACGAACAAUUAAUAGCCUCGUCUUCCCCUCUGGCUCGAAGACGGGCACGAAGAAGACGCUGACAUUCAAGCGCCAGGACGACUUCAAGGUUAAGCUCGGUUACAAGGUUCCCCUCCUUCGCGGAUGGCCCACGGACAUCCUCGAAGCGGAGAUCCAGGGCGUGGCCGAGGCGAUCAAGAACAUCACUGAGGCUGGCGCCACGGAUCCCGUGGUGAAGGCCACUGUCAUGCUCUCCGAGUCCGGCUUCGCGUCGAUUCGUGACGCUAUGGUUACCGGCGAGUUCAAGGACGAGUCCAUAGCUGGCAAACUGAAGGAUUUCUUCGGUAAAGGUUCUCCGUCAUCUGCGCCCGUCGAUGAGACGACGGCGGACGUCGGCUCCGCAGAGGACGACACGGCCUCGACUUCCACGUCAUCCUCGUUGGCCACGGAGGCAACCACGACGGUGUUCACGAAGAAGGAGCCGAUCAACCUGGAGAUCGAGGUCAAGUUCUCGUCCCUGCCGCCGCUGUCUGUCACGGAAAAGCGUGCGGGCCGUGAGAAGCUGAAGGCGAUUGACGCGGAGGAGGGCGCGAAGAGGCGGCGCGAGGAGGCGCGCAACACGCUCGAGGGCUACAUAUACAAGCUCCGGGACCUGCUCGCGGACGAGUCGUCUGAUUCGCCGUUCAUGAAGUGCUCGCAAUCAUCGGAGCGCAAGAGGCUCGCGGAGAAGGUGGACGAGGCGUACGCGUGGCUGCAGGAACACGGAGACGAUGCGGACACGAUACAGUACAUUGACCAACGAAGCGCACUAGAGAGCCUAGAACGACCGAUUGUCCACCGGUACAAGGAGAUCGAGGAGUUCCCGCAGGCGCUGAACAACAGCCAGAUGUGGAACUGGAGCUCGCGCAUGUUCCUGACGGAGGCGCGGCUGAACACGACGAAGGAGCUCGAGGCCGGCUUGCCCACGAAGUACACGAAGGAAGAGCUGGACGAGUUUGAGAAAGUGCUGAAGGACCACGAGUCGUGGUUGAACGAGUGGGUGGAGAAGCAGAAGAAGGUGAAGAUGAACGAGGACCCGGUGAUCCUCUCGAGCGAGAUGCGGGCGCGGGCGAAGGUGCUCGAGAACCACCUCCAGAAGCUCUACAAGAAGCGGCCGCCAAAGGCGCCGAAGAAGUCGUCCUCUUCGUCGGCGUCGACCAGUAGUAGCAGUAGUAGUGAGAGCACGACGGGGAGCGCGGAGGGGACGGCGUCGGCGUCGGCGUCGGCGUCGAGCGCGUCCGAUACGGCUAGCUCGAGCCAGGACCCGCAUCGUCAUGAAGAACUGUAGAUUAGACUAUAUACAUCACCUCACGUACACUUAAUGUUAUUACUGGAUCGUC